CAUCGCCAUCAGUUGCUCGUCACAUGUUCGACACUCAAGUAGACCAAAAGCCCAGGGAGCAGUACAGUGCCAACCGAAAACCGAUCGAACGGUGAGCAACCGUUGGACAGAAUAUCGAAUAUAGCAACUCAGUAACAGUUACACGAAAAUACAAAUCCGCAACCGUUUACUGCGAUAUAAAAGCCUGCUCCAGAGCUACCUUUAUCAGCCCUUUUGCUGUCAAGUCGAAAACCACAUUCUCGAAGCUUUCCGCCGAGUUUCCGCGUGGUCUGUAGAAACGAAAAAUAUACAUACGCCAAAAAAGCAAGCGAAAAAAGUGAAAUUAAAAUUCAAAAUCAAAAGUUUGGAGUUAAGUGAAUGUUUCUCAGUGUGUGUGUGUGCAGUGCAACGGUUAUAGAAAUCCAAAAGUAACGGUGGCCGAGCAAUUAAAGUGUUACUUGUCAGAAUUUUAGAAAAAAAAAAAACGAAUGUUUUGGCUUGUUACUUUGUUGUAGUAAUCCAAAAUCAAAACCAAAUACUAAAUAUACAGUUCGCCAUCCUGGACCGUUCGUUGUUUUUAGUGUAAGGCGCUCUGCCAGCGUUUCGCCGGAACGUCAAACCCUACCCACACCCUGCUGCCCGUCGUCGAUAGCAUACCGAUACCGAUUGUUGAUACCAAUAGCCGCUUGCUGUUUAUAACAAUUUGAUUAAAAAUUCAGCAAUCCGUGCCCUACUUUACAAAGACCUAUAAGAUAGGAUUCUGUUCGGUUCCCAUCCUAAAAAAUCACGAAGCAGCCAUCCAUCCGUGGAUUUUGGAUAAUGAGCGACUAGGCACGAGCUAUUCGAAUUGUUAAGGGGUAGCAAAAACGCAGAACAGCAAUUUCGAGAAAAAUACGCAGUUGGGAAAAAGUGUUAGCAAGUAAGAAACAACAUUAUUGAAUUUCGUGAUUAAAAACAUUUAAAUGGUGUACAACAAAAGCUCAUUUUGUAUAAAAAUAACAAGUACGCUAGCGAAAUAUUCAAAAUAAUAUAAAAUCGCAGCACGCCAGCAACAACAAGACGUGGCACAAACUAAAAACACAAAAAAGCUCACAAUCAACGAAAUCGAGAGCGAAUGCGCGCGCGCGAGAGAGAUAGCAGAAAAGCAGAGUAAAAAAGAGAGAGGGACAAGAAGAGCGGUAACCGAGAGCGACAACAACAAAACACAAGCGCAAGCAGAAGCCAAAAGCCAAUUGCGCACGGAACGUAGAACGGAGAAAACUAACGGAACUUUAGAAUCGCAGCACGGAUAACAGUUAAAAAGGGUAAACAAAGAGACAGGGAAAAUGGUAAACAAGGUGAAUGGCAAAAAGGCGGAAAAGGACAAGGAGAGGCAGCGAGAGGCAAUGUUGCCGGCGGCGGGCAACAACAGCAGCAACAUCGGAAACAGCAGCAACAUCGAAAACAGCAGCAACCUUAGCAACAUAAACAACAACAAAACGAAUAACAAAACAACAAACAAAACAACAAACAAUAAAGGGCUAAAUGCCAAGCCCAACAACGUUAACAAAAAGAAUGGAGGCAAGGGACAGCAGCAACAACAACAGCAGCAGCAACAACAGCAACGCAGUAGCAAAAAAGCUAAGCCACAGCGGCAACAGAUAUUUUUGCAAUCGCUGCCACGCGACAGCAGCAACUACAGAAGCAACAAUUACAGGAGCAACAUCAAUAUCAGUAGCAACAUUAGUAGCAACAGCAACAAAAGCAGCAACAGUAACAGCAUCAAUAGUAACAGCAACACCUUGGACACACCGGCCACAUUGGACAGUGGAUUGGGCAAAAUAAAUCCCGCUGAACUGCUAACGGCAGCCUUGGCCGUGCCCUGUGCCAAAUGCUCAAAGCCAUCGAUGAUCUCUAGUCUGACCACCGCCGUAACAGCAUCCACAUCCUCCGUUUCCACCUCCGCCACCUCGUCGUCGUCAUCAACCAGUUCUGGAUCGGAGACCGCCAGCAAUCAUAGCGAUCUCAACUAUCCGGAACCGGUUGUCUACUCUGGCAAGCAGUAUCGCAAAUCCAAAUCCUAUAUGGGUGCAUCCCACUACAAUAGUUCAUCUAAUACAUACCAAUCGGGUCGGGCGCCCAAUGCCGCUGGCGGUGGUAAUGGCAAUCAUGUAGCGUAUAGACGGUCCCAUAGCGAUCGUCGCAACUCGUUCGAUCGCACUUUCGCCGAAAGGAAUCGCGACUUUGUGCCCAUUGUGCCGCCGUCGCGUCCGGUCUUGUCCUCAUCCAACAUCGCCGGUGUCAUGGCCAGCGCCUCCAAGCUUACGAUCAUAGAACGGUUCGGCAAAGGACGUAUCGCGUAUCCCAUAAUGCAGUGCGGGACACUAGACGGAGCCGAACCGUUAUAUCAUCAACAGCGCAGCAACAGAAUGGACGUCUACCAGAUCGACGAUGGAUUCCACUCGGACGGCGGCACCGAGACACCGCCGCCGUCGCCGAGCUCCGGAUCUUCGAUCGCCUCGACGUCGGACCACGGAUCGCUGGAGAGCGUCGACACCGGAGGGACGCAGCGGCUGGCCGUGCUAUCGUUCGAGCAGGUGAGCAAGCUGCACGACGUCAUGGACGAGAAGGUGGCCAUCCACGGACGCGGUAACUUUCCCACGCUGGAGGUGACGCUCAAGGAUCUGGUCAACCUGGUGCGCCGCAAGCUGGAGGCGGAGGUGAACGCCGGCGGCGCCGGGGUGUUAGUUAAGGACAUCCGUCUCAACGGCGGGGCAGCUAGUCAUGUUUUAGCCAGCGAGGAUCAGCCGUACAACGACCUCGACCUGAUAUUCGCCAUCGAGCUGAGUUCGCCGCGCGUCUUUGACCGCGUCAAGGUGGCGGUGCUGAACACGCUGCUCGACUUGAUGCCCGAGGGUGUGUGCAAGCGGCGCAUCUACACGUGCUCCCUGAAGGAGGCCUACGUGGGCAAGAUGGUCAAGGUGAACAACAACAAUGACGGCGACCGCUGGUCGCUCAUCUCACUGGGCAACUCGCCGGGCCACAAGAAUGUCGAGCUGAAGUUCGUCGACUCGAUGCGCCGUCAGUUCGAGUUCUCGGUGGACUCGUUCCAGAUCGUCCUGGACUCACUGCUGCUCUUCUACGACUGCGCCGCCCUGCCCAUCUCGGAGAACUUCUAUCCGACGGUGGUCGGCGAGUCGGUGUACGGGGACUUCCAGGAGGCACUCUACCACUUGCAAAAGAAACUGAUCUCAACGCGUCAGCCGGAGGAGAUUCGAGGCGGCGGCCUGCUCAAGUAUUGCAAUCUAUUGGUGCGCAACUACAAGGCCGUCGACUCGCAGCUCAUCAAGACCCUGGAGCGUUACAUGUGCUCGCGAUUCUUCAUCGACUUCCCGGACAUCAAUACGCAGACCACCAAGCUGGAGGCCUACUUGCGUAACCAUUUCUGGGGCGUCGAUGAGGAACCGCUGCAGUAUCAGUACCUGAUGCAUUUACGCGAGGUGGUCGAGAUGUCUACCGUCUGUCUGAUGGGCCACGAGCGGCGCCAGACGCUGCACCUCAUCCAGUCGCUGGCCGCCCAGGUGCUCUUCAACAAGCAGGAGAAGCAACAGCAGCAGCACGCCCAUGAGCAGUACCAGCAGCAGCAGCAGCAGCAGCAGCAACAACAUCAGCAGCACCAGCAACACCAGCAGCACCAGCAGCAGCAGCGACAGCAUCAGUUCCUGGACCCAGCGCAACAGCAGCAGCAGCAGCAACAACAGCAGCAGCAGCAGCAGGCACAGACGCAACAACAGCAGCCGCAGCAGGCGGCCACCCUGACCCUUGUCUCGCAGGCACCGCCAACGGGCCAGGCGCAGACCAUAUACGUGCAACAGGCCGCCCCAGCCGCCGUGUGCUGCACGAGCAGCGCGGAUCAGACGGCGACAGCCGCUCCACAGACCAUACAGAUACAGGCCGGUCCGCCGGGACUCAUCUACGCCAACGGCGUCUACUAUGCACCUGUGAUCCCCAGCACCAUCUGCACGUGCAACUCCACCUGGCUGAGCACGUGAUUGGGGCAGCAGGAGCAGCAUCAGCAGCAGCAGCAGCAGCAACAGCAACAGUUCCAACAGCAACAGUGGUCAGAGGAUGCAUUGGCUGAAACUGAAACUGAACCACCACUAGAAACAGCACCGAUAGCAGCACCAUCAUCUCAACCACCAUCACCACCGUCAGCAACAGCCCCCGGAACCCAAGUCCAAAACCAAAUUAGACCCGCGACCAUAAGCAGCAGCAGCAGCAGCAGCAGCAGCAGGAAGAAGAAGAACAAGGCCAAGACCCAAGCAAAGCAGGCAGCAACAGCAACAGCAACAGCAACGGAGAGCAAUGGCAAAGAAACAGCAGCUACAACAGAAACAGCAACCAUGACAAGAACAGCAAAGAAGAGCAGCAGGACCAAGCAAAAGGCAGCAUCAUCAUCAGCAGCAGCAGGAAGAGCAGGAGCAGAAACAGGAUCAGAAGCAGGAGUCGGCGGAAUUACGGGCAGCUUGGUGCUGACACCUCAGCAGAUCAACGGACUGCCCGUUUACAACCAACUGAAGGACGGCGGACGAUCGACGGCGGGCACAUAUAGCGGACAGUUUGCCUACUUCUACCCGCACGACGGCUCGGCGCCCAGUGUUUUGCUGCUGGGCGAGGAUUCCUACCUCAAUGUGACCGAACAGCAGGAGCAGCACCAGCAUCAUCAUCAUCAUCAGUUUGUCUAGGAGAAGGACCAUGGGUCAUGGGUUUGCUUGCCUUGCCCCCGGGCACUUUACAUUUACUGUUGAUUCAUUUCUCAUUCGGCUGGCUUCUUUCUUUGUUAACUUAACUGUGUGAUCAGAGGUCUAUUUUACUGUUCCUUUUCUAUAUCAACUCUAACUCAAUGUGACCGGCGACUGUAAAGCCUAUCCACUACACUUGGCACACACACGCUCCUACUUUAUUAAUAUAACUAUACCGAGAGUUUGAACCGCAGACUGAACUUCAGCCGCUGUUAGAUGUUGAACAGAGACACAACCACUAUUACUGACUCCCAAGAAGGGCGAAAACGAUUGCGAAUCGAACCUAACCAUUAAUCAUUUGGCUUUAUUAAUUGAUAUCCCCACAAUUUAUAACAUCCACGUUACUUGUGUAAUUUGAUUUGCCUACGAUAACUAAAUUUUAAUAUGUAAAAUCUUAAAAAAAAAAACAAAAACAAAAAAAAAAAAAAAGUAAUGUAAAACCAAAAUUUAUUCUUGUUUCCUCGGUCAAAAUCGUUUUCAUCUUUUACAACUUUCUUCAUUUUUUUUGUAGUAAUCCCAAAAAGCAUAAACAGUAAUGACUUAAUUUUGGAUUAGCCAACCCACGUAUCCCCCACACAUACCAUUGUAUUUUUUAAUAAACAAACACACAAAACCUAAAAAAAAAAAACAAACCGUAUGCAUAUGAUAUAGCCUGUUAAUUACGGAUUGACCUUUUUGUAUGCCAAGUGCAGUAAGCAAGGGCGGAGUGUUGGGUUCCAGUCUAGAAAUUCCAAGCAACAAUCUAAUUGCAGGCUGAAAUGAUAAAUUAAAGCGAUGAUAUGUAAAUAUUAGUCAAAUUAAACUGUCGACAAGGAUUCGGAUGUGUAGAGGAUGUAUUUGUCUGGUGUAUCAGAAGUUGCUCAAUGAAAUUCAAUUCAAUUCACAAAACAAUGAAAUUAAAUUUAAAGUAAUGUGUUAUAAAUUGUAAAACAAAAUCUCUGAACGAAAUGUCAUAAUUUGUAGAAUAUUUUCGGUAUGUCAAGCAACAGCAACAUAUGUGAAUGAUUGAUUGAUUGAAGUGUUAUAUCCAACUGGGUGAUAAUUUUGAAUGAUUAACUGAUAAAUAUGUAAUACAUAAAUACGCUCUAAACAACAAAUAUUUAUAGUUCGAAACGAAAAACACUUCUUCGAAAAGCAUCAAGAGCUGAUUGCUUUAUGUGUAAGUCUCCUUUUGCAAUUGCAACAAAAUACAAAAAUCGACUAAAAAUAUAUGCUUAUAUGCAACCAUAAAUGUAUAUUUAUAUUUACAACAAAUGAAAGACAAAUGGUCCACAAAACAAAAUGAUUCGAAGAUGUGUCGAUGACGAUGAAUUCAUCAUUCAUACAUCAUCGUACGUUUACGAUGUUUCCUCUCCGUGUGCAUUCUUUGAGAACCUUGAGAAUUGUCUAUCAAUCACUCACUUUUGUAUAAUGUUAACCUUGAACUUGUGUUUUGAAUUUAUGUAUUAACUUUAGUUUAAACAUUGUGACAUAAUGUACGAUGUACGCUGUAUGUAUGUGUAUAUAUCCAGAUUAUCUAUAUGCAUAUUCGACAAGGUCCAAAGCCAACGUAUUCCAAUUUGCAAUCUGCAAAACAUUUUACUUAGUGCAAACUUUAAAACGAGUUAACCUGAUACUGAAACUGAAACCGAAACUCUAAAACUGAAUCAAAAUCAAAACCAAAAACAAAAAAUUUCCAAAAAAAAAAAAAAAAGGUAAA